AUGGCGCACCGUUCCAACGGCAGCGUCGCAUCCAAUGAUGACGUCGCCGAAGCCGUCUACAGCUUCAAAUUGCUCGAAGCGUUGAGGAAAGGCGAUCAGCAAGCGCUCAUCCCCCUUCUUCAGACCACCCACAAGAAUGCCCUCGCAAAGGAGAGCACUAGCCCGCUCCAUCUGGCCGUUCGCUGCGCCGACUUCAACAUCAUCUCGUUCCUCCUCCAAUACAAGACCAUCGAUCUCAAUGCAAUCGAAGAACAGCACGGCAACACCGCCCUCCACAUCGCUUCCGCCUCGGGACGAGACGACGUCGUUCAGCUCUUGCUCGAACAGCCCGACAUCGACGACGCCAAGCUCAACAAGGACAGCAGAGAUGCGCUCGCCGUAGCCAAGACGCCCGAGAUCGCUCAGCAGAUCCAAGUCAGCCGCGCUCAGCUCAACGUCAAGUACCUCGAGACGCUCAACGCCUACGAACAGGAUGCGCCCGGAGCCGAUGUCAAGAUCCACCAGCUCCUCGACUUGCCGCGCCACUCGGUCAUCGACCUCAAUGCGCAAGGUACCAACGGCAGCACCCUCCUUCACGAAGCCGUCAAGCGCAAAGACACGCGCAUGAUCGAGACGUCCGUACGAAAGGGCGCCGACGUCUACUCGCGCGACCGCCGCGGCAGGCGCGUCAACGACGUCACCAAGGACGAAAAGGUCAAGGCGCUGCUGCGCCAGCUCCACAACGCCGACGCCGCCAAAGCCUCGCAGGCCAGCCAGAACGGUCAGCCUCCUUCGUUCAAAGGCUACCUCGGCAAGUGGACCAAUCUCGCGCACGGCUACAAGACACGUUGGUUCGUGCUUGAAGACGGCAUCCUCUCCUACUACCACAGCCAGGACGAUGAGGGCAAAAAGUCGCGCGGCGCCAUCAACAUGCGCUUCGCCAAGAUCCGCGCCGACAACAACGACAAGCAUCGUCUCGAAAUUAUCAGCGAGACCGGUAAGGGCACCUCCAAGCUCUGGCUUCGCGGGACGCACCCCGUCGAGCGAGCGCGGUGGGUGCAGGUGCUGCAACAGACCAAAGAGUACUUCAACCUCGAGCGACAGUCCACUGCCGAAAGCUUCUAUCGCCAACGCACCGCCUCGUCGGCCUCUCUCACCAACGCACCGGGCGCCGCCGCCGUCCUUGCCAACCCAGCUGGCAUCGUCCGCCCCUCUUCGACUGCACCGAGCGAAAGGGGAGCCGGCAUCCUUCGUCCUUCGUCGACCGCGCCAAGCGAGAAGGGCAGCCGCAGCGGUCUUCUUUCGAUCAAGUCACCCAGCACUCAGCCUCCCUCCGGCGCAGCAAGCGAACGAUCGCUGACGCUCGCCAACCGUAGUCCCAGCCUUCUGAGCCGACUGUCCAGCGACGAGCGAGCGGACGACGAUCUGGAAGCUGGCGCAGCAGGCGGUGGUAUCCCUUACGAGAAGGAAUUCUCGCUCACCGCGCAAGCGCUCCAGGCCCAGGCCGAAGCGAGUCAGCGCCUCGUCGAUACCGGCUCCAUCACCAGCAACAGUGACGACGCCCGCUCGGCACUGCAAGCCGCGGUCAGGAGCAACCAUCAGCUGGUGGAGCGAUACCUGACCAUGGUGGCCGCACGCGAAUCGUACAUGAACAAGCGGUACGAGCGCGAGCUGCAAAUCAAGCAUUUGUGGGAGGAGAACAUGGCCGUGCUGGCGCAACAGCACGCCGAGAUGGAGGCGCAGCUCAAGGAGGCCGCUGCCGAGAAUGCACGCAAACGCAAGGCGCUGCGCGACGUCCGCGAAACCAUGGGCGCCUCACCUGGCUCCCCGAUGUCGCCGGCCGUCGUGGGCGCCGGUGGCCUUGCGGCCUCUGGGUCCAUGGCAUCGUCGCUCCACGCCGCCAAUCGACAAUCGACCCUGAUGAGCAAUGCCUCGUACCAGACCGCCGACAGCGGUGCCCCCGGUUCGCUCGCUGCGCGCCGACUUGGCGACGAGGAGGGGGCGCAGCUCCAGCUGGACGAUAACCUCACUCCGCCCAUUCAGGGCCAGCGUUCGGCCAUCCUCGGCAUCACCGACGACCCGGACGCGACGCAGCAGGACAACUACGAAGACGCCGAGGACGAGUUCUUUGACGCCAUCGAGACGGGCAACCUGCCCGGUCUCAAGGUGGAGAAACCGCUGAGCCAGCCAGAGUCCAGCGCCGACAAGUGGCCGGAAAAGUUUGACACCUCCAUGAUCGACGACCUGGUCAAGCAAUCCAUGGAGCCGUACAAGCACCUGCGCGCCCAGAUGCCCAUCGGCAAGGACGACCGACCCUCGGUGUCGCUGUGGGCCAUCCUCAAGAACAACAUUGGGAAGGAUUUGACCAAGAUCUCGUUCCCUGUCAGCUUCAACGAGCCCACCUCUAUGUUGCAGCGAAUGGCCGAGGACAUGGAGUUUUCCGAGUGUCUCGACGCUGCCUCGCUGCAGGAGGACUCGACCAAGCGUAUCGCUUACGUCGCUGCCUUUGCCAUGAGCAACUACUCGUCGACCAUCGGCCGCAUCGCCAAGCCGUUCAACCCUUUGCUCGGCGAGACGUUCGAGUACAUGCGACCCGACAAGAAGUUCCGAUACUACUCGGAGCAGGUCUCGCACCACCCGCCCGUCUCGGCGUGCUUUGCGCAGUCGCCCACGUGGGAGUACAUGGGCAGCGUCGAUGCCAAGUCCAAGUUCCUCGGACGCACGUUUGAGAUUCGACCCACCGGUGUGGCGCACGUCCACCUCAAGGUGCCACGCAAGUGGGUCAAGACGGAUAAGGAGCUCAAGGCGGCGCUGAAGCUCUCGGACGACCACGUGAUGGAGCACUACUCGUGGAACAAGGUGACCACCUCGGUUUCGGGCUUUAUCGUAGGCAGUCCGACCAUCGACCACUUUGGCGACAUGGAGGUGACCAACCACGCGACGGGCGAUCGUUGUGUGCUGACGUUCAAGCCACGAGGCUGGCGAGGCAAGGAUGCGUUUGAGAUCCGAGGCCAAGUCUUUGACGCUCAAGGUACAUUGCGAUGGGACAUUGCCGGUCGCUGGAACUCGCAGCUGGUGGCUCGCAAGGUGGGUGCUGGGUCAGGGGAUCUCAACCCAGACCAGACGGUGGAUGCACCGGAUGGACAGAUCGCCGUGGCGCAGCCGCUCGCCGAGUACCUCUUGCUGUGGCGCAACUCGGACAAGCCCGCGUCGCCGUUCAACCUCACGCCCUUUGCCAUCACGCUCAACUCGUGUCCCGACGACCUUCGACCGUGGCUGGCGCCCACGGACUGCCGUCUGCGCCCCGACCUCAGCGCGUUUGAAACGGGCAAGUUCGACCAGGCCAACGAUCUCAAGCAGAAGCUCGAGAACUUCCAGCGAGAGACGCGGCGCAAGCGCGAGACGGGCGAGCUGCCACCGCACGAGCCCAAGUGGUUCCAGAAGACGACGGAUCCGGACACCAAGGAGACCCUCUGGCAGCCCACGCCGGCGCCUACGGGCGUGGGCGCCGGUGGAAAGGAGACCACGUCGUACUGGGCCGAGCGCUACGAGGUCGGGUCCAAGAAGAUGAAGGGCCAGCCUGCCGAUUGGAACGGCGUGUACCACAUCUUUGGCGAUUUCGAGGUUCGUUGA